GCGCGCCUCGGGCGCGAUUGCGGAUUCGCGGACGAGGUGCUCCGGGCCGCGGCGAGGGUCGACCUCAUGCGCGUGCCGUUGGAGGUGGCCAAGAGGCUGGGCACCCUUCACGCCGGAAGCGUGAUUCCACCAAAGCGGUCGUCCAGGGGUGGCCUCAUCAAGAAAAACCUGGACCUCGCCUCUUGGAACGUGGGCAAAUGCUCCGAGACGCUGACCCUCCUGGUGGCGGCUCUUUAUGACCACGAGGGCCUCGUGCAGGCACGAGAAGUUGAGACGUUGUGCGAUUGCACGUCGGCCAAGCAUCUCCUCUACAACCACGUUUGGUCGGCGUUGCGGUUUUCUGGCCUGCUCGACGUGGAGGGCGCCGUCGUGGACCCCGCCAAGGAAGGCACGAACAGCGCCGAGAUCCGGAGGCUCCUGUUCGCGGGCGAUUCCUGGUCUAUUACGCUGGGCAGGGUCAAGGCUGAGAUCGCCAGGCUCGGCCACCCGCGCUUGGCGGAGAACUUGGGGCCAAUGGAGCUGAACGCUCUUGCGUGUCAGUUCCUUCGCGUCCUCCGCAACUUCGUCUUCCCGCUGGCGCGCUCCGGUUGGCGGGACCCGUCCAAGGCGCCGGUCAUGGCGGGUCGGUGGCAGAGGUUCCUCGAUCGGUGCCGGCCCGCCAGGGUCUCCGUCAUCUGAGGUCGCCGGGGCGCCCCUCCGGGCCUGAGUGCCGGUGCUCCGAAGGGCGGGUCGCUGGCAGGGGCGGAGUCGUCGGCGCGGAGUUCGGCGGAGAGUGGUGCAGAUCCUCCCGCUCCACCUCCUCCUUGACCUCCGCUCCUGCCCCCUUCCCUCC